AUGGAGAGGUCCAUCUCCCUCGUUUUCCUUUCAUUCCUACUGUUUUUCAAUGGUUUUUUCUUCUUUCAGGUUCAUGCUUCCGAAACCAUACCUAGACCCAAUGGAAAGGUUAGGUUUAAGCUGAUACACAGGCACUCACCUGAGCUUGGAGAAGAUCCUGGAACGACCCUUGGACCCCCAAGCAGUCCCCGGGAACGCAUAAAACAGCUGGUGCAUAGCGACAGUGCUAGACUACAUACAAUUUCACAAAGGCUAGCCCCAAGAAGGAAGAAUUUCGAGGUGAAGGUGUUGGGAAAAAGCAAUUUGGUGGAGCUCCCAAUGCGAUCAGCUGCUGACAUAGGUGCAGGGCAAUACUUUGUUUCAUUCAGGGUGGGGAGCCCUCCAAAGAAGUUUAUUAUGAUAACAGAUACAGGGAGCAGCCUUACCUGGCUGAAAUGCAAAUAUGAGUGCAAUAAUUGUUCCAGGGACAGGGCCAUGCUUCAUGAGAGGAUAUUUCAAGCUAAAAAAUCACCUACCUUUAAGCCAAUUCCAUGCUCCUCCGACAUUUGCAAGGUUGAUCUCUCAGAAUGUUUCUCUUUGGCCCGUUGUGCUAUGCCAACGGCUCCUUGUGCCUAUGAUUACAGAUAUGCAGAUGGCACAAGAGUGGUCGGAAUAUUUGGCAAUGAUACAGUUAAAGUCCGUCUCCGCGGAGGCCAAAAGAUAAAAGUGACAGACGUGAUGGUUGGGUGUAGCGAGACAAUACGGGGAAACUUCCAUGACAUUGACGGAGUAUUGGGGUUAGGUUUUAACCAGCAUUCUUUUGCAGUGAAAGUAGCUAGGAAGUUUGGGCACAAGUUUUCGUACUGCUUGGUUGAUCAUUUGAGUCCAAGUAGUCUUGUCAACUUUCUUGUCUUUGGUGAAGUUGCUGCUUCUCCAGUGCCAAAAAUGCAGUACACAGAGUUGAUCCUUGGAAUACUAAACCCAUAUUAUGCUGUAAAUGUUUCUGGCAUCUCAAUAAAUGGUAAAAUGUUGGAUAUCCCAUCAAAUGCAUGGGAUAUUAAUGGUGAUGGUGGGGUUAUUAUGGACUCAGGUUCAAGUUUAACAUACCUGGUGAAACCUGUCUUUGAUCAAGUCAUUGCUGCUUUUCAGGCUCCUCUAAGCAGAUUUAAGAAACUGGACUUGAACUUGGGGCCAGAUCAUUGUUUCAGUGAUGCAGAGUUUGAGCAGUCGUUGAUGCCAAAACUGGCAAUCCAUUUUGCUGAUGGAGCUAAGUUGGAGCCGCCAUUGAAAAGCUAUGUCAUUGAUGCUGAAGAUGGGGUGAAGUGUCUAGGCUUUGCCUCCACGUUUUGGCCUGGAACUUCAGUGAUUGGUAACAUCAUGCAGCAAAAUCAUUUGUGGCAAUUUGAUCUGUUAAACAGCAAGUUGGGUUUUGCUCCUUCAAGCUGUACAUUUGAUUGAUCAUCAAAGGAAUUCAAUUAUCCUAUCGUUGGAGCACUCUAUUUGGAAGUCAUGUCAGCAGCUCUCCGGUGUAUCUUUAUCAUCAUGUAUGCAUAUUCAUAAAACAAAAUAUAUAUACUUACCAUGGAUUUAUGUAAUUCAUGAUCCCUAGCUUUUUCGGAUUCUUUAAGGAAGCUUGACUGAGAUAGAAAA